ACAUAAUCAACGCUGGAAAACGGUUCAUAAACAUCGCGUUCUCUCUUCGGCUCGACACUCGUGCUGGUAGCAACCGCUGUUGUUUCGAGUGGAGCGCCGUUUGCUGCCUUGUGCUUGUUGCCGUAAUUUGUGUCCCGUGCCGUGACUCCCGUCCCGUCCUCUCCUGUCCGACGGGAGUCUGUAGCGCAGUCUUCGCUGCGCAGGAGGUUCUUCCCGCUCCGCCGCGCGGCGCCUUCCACCAUGGCCCGUCAUUUCCUCGCGGUUCAGCUCGCGCUGCUCGUCACAGUCUCACACUCCUCCGCCGCCGCCGCCGCCGCGUCCGCCCCUCCCACGCCGCCGCCCGCUUCGUUCUUCCCCUUUCCCAUUUCCUUCGGAUCCAUGGGCGGAAAGCCUUUCUUCGCCGGCACGCAUACACCGCAGAAGCCGCCGCCAGCGGCGGCGCCGCGUACGGGAAAGCCUUGGAAUCGGCGAACGGGAGUUGCGGCGGCGUGCAGCGAGUCGAGUCUGAGCGGCUUCACGUCAUCGAAAACGCUCACGCCGGGCCUGGUUCUCCACUGGAAGGCCACGUCAGGGACGACCGUAAAUAUGGCGCUGCAAGCCACGUCAGCCGCCGUUUCGGGCGGGUGGUUCGGCGUCGGCUGGUCGUCGGCCGGCAAGAUGUACCCGUCCGACUGCGUCAUCGCGAAUAGCGAGCUCUACGGGGCUAUUAACGCGUACACCAUAGGGGACUACUCGCCAACGAGCAUCAUCCCCUUUGCGUCCUUCUCGCUCGGCUCGUCGCCCGCGUUAUCCGGCGGCGUCGCCACCUUCUCCCGGACGGUGGGCACGGGCGACAAGAUAUCAUUCGUGAGCGGCCCCAUGAAGACCAUCUGGGCCUACUCCGACGGCCCUUCCACCGCCCUAGACGGCCACGCUGGCCACCGCGGCACCGUCACCAUCGACUACUCCUGCGACGCCACUGCCACCCCUUCCCCGCCCCCCCCUCCCCCCCACGCCCUCUCCCCCGCCCCCCCGGGUUUCCACCCCCCCCCCGCCUCCAGUUUCCGCCUCCCACCCCCCACCUUCGACCACCCCCACCCCCUCCCCUCCGCCGCCCGCGUCGUUUCCACCUGUUGGUGCGGCGUGCCCGGCGUCAUCUCUUGCCAGGUUUCGCCUAUCAAGUGGAGCUCAACGGACCGCUCAUCCUCCUGCACUGGACCUUUGUCAGCCGCACAGCCAUCAGAUUUGCAAUCGAGGCCCGCAGCACCACUCUGACUAAGAAUGGUUGGAUGGCCGUUGGAUGGUCGGGCAACAAGGGCAAGAUGAAGGGCACAGAUGCAGUCGUGGGGAACCUGCCUGGCGUGGUUCCGGUGCACAUGAGUGGUUACUCUAAGAAGCUUGUAACACAAACGAGUUCGUUUACUAUCGAGAAUGUUGUGGUUGCCACUACUUCUGAGGAGGCACCAAGGUCGCGUUCACGAGGAAGGUGGGGAUGGGAGUGGUGCCCAUCAAGCUCAACGCCAUCAACUACAUCAACUGGGCCUUCAGCAGCAGCGGCACCAAGGCCUUAGCCUUCCAUGCCUCCAACCAGGGCGGCCUUGCCGUGGACUUCUCGUGCUUCAGGAAGCCGUCCUCUCUGUGGGGCGGCGGGCCCGACUACUCAGACGACUCCAACUACGACAAUCCGCCCUCUGGCGGUUCUGGCAGUUCUGGUGGCUCUGGCGACAACGAUGACAACGACGAUGACGACGACGACAACGACGACGACGAUGAUGAUGACCACCACAACGACCACCACGAUUCGCACCACAGAAAGUCUCGCCAUGGCAACUCACACCACGUCAGCUCGCUCCACGGCAACUCGGACCGCGGCAGCUCGGACCGCGGCAGCUCGUUACACGGGUCUGGCGACCGCACUGCAAGCGCCUCCGCCGACUUGUCAGCUGGGGUGGCUUGGAGCAGCAGGCAUGGGAAGAACGGUGUGUACAAGCAGAAGGCGCUGGGCCAACACCACCGUGCUGCCACUGCCGGUGCCGGUGCUGGUGCCGGUGCCGGUUCCAGAGCCGGUGCUGCAGCUGGUGCUGGUGCCUGUGCCGGUUCCGGUUCCGGUUCCGGUUCCGGUUCCGGUGCUGGUUCCGGUGCCGGUGCCGGUGCUGGUGCCGGUGCCGGUGCUGCUGCUGCUGCUGCUGGUGCUGGUGCCGGUGCCAGGGCCGAUGCUGGUGCUGGUGCCGGUGCCGGUGCUGGUGCUGGUGCUAGUACUGGUGCUGGUGAAUGGAAGGGAUUGACAAAUGCUGACUGGUGGACCGGAAAUUCUGCCAUUCAGAAAGCUAUUUUUGGAGGUUGAUCCUGUUAAAGUAAGAACUGAAUGAAUGACUAGAAGGUGAAACCCUAGAACAAAUACUAGUUGGCUGUACUCACUAGAAGCAUACCUCAGCCUAGCCUAUAACUUCUACAUAGCUUAUAUGUCUAAGUUGACACUGUCAAACAUCUGUAUUUGUCAUGUUUGUAUAGACUGUA